UGGUAGAUUAUUAUAUCUCAAGCUGUCCAGACAGUGCCCUGCCGACGCCCCGAAAGGCCUUUUUGCCCCUCCUCGUCACUGGUAGCGGCGGUCCCUCCAACCCACUGUCGUCCCUGCAUUUUCACCACACUCUUCACAACUCCCCUUAGCCUCCACUAUACUCUUAACCUGCUGCUCAUUUUACCGAAACGAUACCAUGUUGGCCUCUCCGAAGCCGCUGACGGCGAGCCAGCCGUCACAGCAAGGCCGCGAAUCUACCCAUCCAUUCACCUGCAACACCUGCCAGGUCGCAUUCAGGUCGAGUGAGCUUCAGAGGGCUCAUAUGCAGGCCGACUGGCAUCGGUACAAUCUCAAGCGCAGAGUCGCGAACCUUCCCCCCCUCUCCGCAGAGAUAUUCGCCGAGAAGGUGCUGGCCAACAAGGCUUCUGCAGCCGCGACCGCAGCCAAAGCCGCUUUCGAGAAGCCGUGCUCGAUAUGCCAGAAGUCGUACUUCAGCGAGAACGCCUAUGCCAACCACCUGAACAGCCAGAAACAUAAAGCGAAUGUUGCGAGGGGACACAAAUCUAGAGCCUCCGUGGGACGGGACGAUGAGACGGCGUCAGUAACGUCCUCAGCUUUCUCUCUGGGCGAGCCUACCAUAGACGAAUCAGCGGACGACGAGGUCGAGGAGGAAUUUACAAAGGUGGUGGACAAGAUCAAGAAUACGACACUGAGCGAGGUGCCGCUUUCUCGUCGGCCAACGCGCCCACACCACUCUGCUGCAGGCGACCGACCAGAGCACCCCUUGUCUAGGGAUAACACCGGCUCUUCAGCCAUGGAGAAAGAUGAUGCGACGUCGACAGCCUCCGCCAACAAAAUCAAGACGGACCCCCUCGUCAACUGCUUGUUCUGCAACUAUCGUUCCCCGAACUUCUCGCUGAACAUCGAGCACAUGGGCCGCAUCCACGGCAUGUUUAUCCCAGAAAAGGACUAUCUCACGGAUAGCGAAGGUCUGAUCAAGUACCUCCACACCAAGAUCAACGACUUUCACGAGUGCCUUUACUGCGGCAAGGCAGUCCACACCGCUGUAGGAAUCCAAACGCACAUGCGAGAUCGCGGCCACUGCAUGAUCGCUUUCGAAGGCGAAACCGAGCUUAUCGAAAUUGGCCAAUUCUACGACUUCCGGAGCACCUACUCGGACGAAGAAGACUUCGAGGACUCCGACUCGACCACCAGCGGCGGCGGUAUCAAGCUUGGCGCAGCCCGCACCACCAAGACAACGCAUAACGGUGACGAGACUAUGGGCGGCGUCGAAGACGAGGGCUGGGAAACCGAUAGCACCCUCUCCGACGUCCCCACCGACGAAAUCACCUCUGUCCCUAUCGAUGAUCAUUCCCACCGCUACGCCCUCCUCAACAAGUCCCGCCACCACUCCCACAGCGACCCGCGGCCCCAUCGUGCCAGUGAUGGCUGGCAUUCUCAUGCUCAUCCGACUCCGCACGCAGUCUACCACGACGAGUUCGAGCUGCACCUCCCCUCCGGCCGCACCGCCGGCCACCGCUCUCUCAACCGCUACUACCGCCAGAACCUGCGCAAUCAUCCCAGUGCCUCGGAGCGCAUGGAGCAGUACCAGCGCCGCAUCGAAGCUGAUUCAAGCGGCGAGGAAGACUCCGAUGGCGAUACCGGCAUGGAUGGGCAGCGUCGCGGUCGCGGUCGGCAGGGUGGUGAGCUCAUCACACGCGCGAAUGGCGGCCUGGGCAUGAUUGGCGUGAGCGACGCUACGAAGAAGGCUGUCAAUGUGACAGAAAAACGGGAGAGGCGGAGGGAGCAGCGGGCGCGGAAUAAGUACCAGGCUGGAAACGAGAAGCAGCAUAACUUCCAGAAACAUUUCAGGGAUCCGCUCCUGCAAUGAUCGCCUCGACCACAAUCGACGAGAUCUGGCGAGAUACUCUUCCUUUCUGUCCUUUCUUUCUUUGAUGGGAUUGGCUGCGUAGGCGGCUUUCGGGGGAGACACAUCACGACUGUUGAUGACGUUGCAUGAUGGCGUUUGCAUUUUUAGACUGGAACGGACCUCAUGAUUCAUGCAUGCACGAUGGAUGAAAGGGUGGUGACUGGCACUUCCUCUAUGUUGGAAGCCUUCCGAGGAUGCUCUUUUGGUGGUAGCUCCUUGUAGAUCAGCCACUCCGGUAGACAAAAAUGAUCAUUUUGGCAGCAUCACAAUCGCGCGUAGGCGUGUUUCAAGAAUGACCGAAAAUGAAUUGGAUUCAACUCCGUGGUAUGUGUACUCCCUAUACAACCAUAAUGGCAUGAUGCCCUGAAUGAGAGGACCU